AUGAUCGCAGAGUCAGAUGUUGCACGCCCUUCUCAGUCCUGGGGCUGUGAGAAGGCCGCAGUUUCGUCUGAGAAACAGCGAGAAAAGCAGACCCACCGCGAGAGCUGCAGAAAGGCCGGUGCUUUGGCCCGCAGUUCCGACACCGACCACUUUUCUCGACCGUCUUCCUCGUGUGACUCGCCGUCGUCCUUUUCACCGUCGGUAGCGGACGAGAUGGCCUUCGAGAGGAGGCGAGAGCGGCCUCGGCGACCCAGCGGAUUCGAGCCGCGGGGGACUGACAGAGACGGACCAGGCUGCAGAGGCCCGGAAGAGAACGCGGAACGCGACGCCAGGCAGCCGAUUGCUUCCCAGCCGACAGAAAAUCCGGAAGAAUCUGCUCACGCCUCACACUGGGUCUUCCCAGUGCGCCCAGACUGGAGCUAUCACUUCCCAGAGGACGUCCCGGAACUUCUACAGGUGGUGUGCAGCCGCAUCAACAGUCGGCGGGCGGCCUCGGAGGAAGGCCUUCCGUUACCUGCGGCGGCUCGCGGUAGAGAGGAGCGAAGCAGCGGCGCGUCGGCGCCGAGCCAGGAUACGCUUCCGGGAGACUGUCUGCUGGCCGUCGUCCAACGAAUGGUCGCAGAGUGGGCCCAGAGGCGCUUGCGGAAGACUCAGUGCGAAGCGGACAAGAAAGGCAACUUCAAUCCGCCCCCUCCGAGGUCAAGUGGCCCAUUUCCGGAGGGGAAAAACGAGGCGAAGCGGAAGGACGAGGAAGACGCAGAGGAACGCGCUUCGCUCUGUGCUCUGCUCGCUGCCUGCCGCGCGUGUCCUCUCUCCUGGACGUCUGAGCAGGGCGAGCCGAGCUUCGGAGCCGCGGCGGCUGGGGUGUGUAUACACCGGAGACGUCCCACGCCGCCUGAGAAGCGGGGCCCGUGGCUCUUCGAUGCACUCCUCAAAGAAGUCAUGACGCAGUCCGACAGUGGCGACAACGGAAAGACGUUGGCGCACCCCGAGAGCUCCAAAAAGAGAGGCACUCUCAACUUCUCUUACAGCCGUCCUGCGUCCACUUCAGCCUUGCAGGAUGUGGACGUACACCCGGAUACCGCCGUCUCCAUCGUGGGAAGGGACGCGGACUCGGCACAAGGUUUUUCUUCGGAGGUCCCCUUCUCGCCACCUACUUCGCAGAUUGGGACGAGAUCUGUGGAGACUCCGAAGCAGCUCUGCUGGCCAGCCCCACCAGGUUCCCUCGCGACAGAUGCGUCUGCUCCUUCUUUUCCGGCUCCUCACAACCCGGUCCGCUCUGCGCAAACCGCAGUCCCGAGUGUCCACGACCCGUGGAACGCGUGUCCCCUGUCCCGCGUUCCUUCUCCGAAUGGCGCUGUCUGUACACCUCAGGGCGGCGCGGCGGCGAGCCCAGGUCUCCCAGGCGUCUCGCCUGUCGCUCACAGUGGGAAACCUCAAAAACUGCCAGCGCCUCGACACGCCAAGACUGCGACCUCGCAACGGAGACACUUGCCUGUCCCUGCCAGCUCGGCGCAUCCUCCGGGACUCUCCAGAGGCAGUGGCAGAGAGAAAGCAAUCGAGAGUGUAGUGGCUGCAGACGGAGGGAGGAACGAAGCAGUUGGAAAAGAAGGAAAGAUGGACGGCGCCCCGACUUCGCGCCUCGCCGGAGGCCUCGGGCACCAAGGGGGAGUGGGGACCGCCUCGCGAGAGACAAGAGGAGCAACCGCGAGCGGAGACAACGUCUCCGGGGCAGGGGGGACCACGGGUGGGAGUCCGUUUUGGCCGGAAGAAGCGACGAAGCAGGCGGUGCGCUGCGCCCUUGGCGGCACUGUCCACGAGUUUGUGCGGCUGCCGGAUGGCUUUUCGGUCUUCUUCGCGAACGGGAACUACGGCGCGGGCCGUUUCAACGGCUUUGUGCACCUCUCGCUUCCCUCCGCUUCGCCUUCAUGUCCUUUCGUUCCAGGGGGGUACUUGCUGCUGGAGCACGCACGCACGUGGCAAAUGCCUGCGCCGCUGCCGCUGUUUUUUCUGCGGGCCACGCCACGGAACUGUCGAGAACUCGCGGAGGCUCUCGCGAGUCCGUUCUGGGCGCCGAGACACCCUGUGCGUCACCUGGUGUUUCGCCACCGGGCACACAUGACGCGCUUCGUGCAGGACAUGCGCCAGAGGAAAAAGAAGAGCCCGAACGGGCCCCAGGACGGGAUGGCCGAGCCUGGCGGCGGCGCCUCGGGGCGCGGCGGGGGCCCGAGGCUCGUCAAGAAAGGCCUGGGAGCGGAGGAUCUCGGCGCCACCACUUCGGCGAACGGAGGACUCGAGAACGCGCUCUGCGGGGGUCGAGAGGAAGGCGCCAAGAGAGGGACUGGCGUGAGAAAGAAAAACGACUGCUUCGCCAAGGAGAAGAAGGAAGGACGGGACAAGGUGGAGAGUAAGGCGACAGGUUUCCCGGGGUGUCCCGGGGAGGAGGGUCACGUUCGGAGCGAGAGACGAGAACGCGAAGAGAGCUCGCAACCUGCGGCACGCGGAAGCUUCGGUGCCCUCGGACGCGACCAGGGAGGCGCGGAAGAGCGCGACGGCGAGAAGUUCGCGCCGCAGCUGCAGAAACGGUUUGCCGGCGGCGCCGGGCGACGAAGAGAAGGCGCCAACGGACGAAAGGGAGAAGCGUGCGGGAAGCGACUGGACGUCGAGAAGGGCGAAGACAGAGAGCGCAGUCUCAAACGAGAGACUGGGAAGAACCAGAAAGAGGCUGAGCCGUUUGGCGACGCAGGCCGAGAAGACGCAUUCACGCGUGAGACUGGAUGGUUUUGCGCCGACGCGAAGGAACAUGCGCGUCUCGCCUCGACACGCAAAGGGACCGAGGGCGGAGCGCUGUCCUUCCACCCUGCCUUUGUCGCAGGGCCUGGGCCGAACUUUUCGCCGAACUCGAGCACGUGCCCGUCCUCUUCGCUGUCGCCGAGCGAAGCGACGUUGCUGGGCCGCGCCGAGUUCUUGACUCCAAAAAGAGGAGUCUUUCCUCCGUUCCCGCGCAGUGCCUUCGGCCACCGAGAGGCGAAUGAGGAGCCCGGAGGACGCUACAACCCCUGCGCCGGUGCGCACGACCUGCGAAGUAGUUUUGGGAAGGCGGGCGAGUCGCUGCUGCCGCCGUUCCUCGACGAGAAGGGCGCUCUGCCACUGUACAGAGGGCGGGGAAGUUUUGGCAUGAAAGACCAAGGCGCAUUUUAUGGAGGCGAGUCCUUUGAAGAUCCUGUCGCCGCUUUCGCGUUCUCGCACGACAAGCCUGGCCUUGAUCUGCCGGGCCAGGGGGCGGAUCCGGUUUCUGCAGGCUUUCCCUACCCCACUCAGCCGGCCCAGUUCUUCGCUGACAGCCCCUUUGCCGCGGCGCCCGCGACACUCGCCUCCUCCGCCUCUGUCUCCGCGUUCGCUUCUCCCUCGGCGGCCUUCGCAGUCGGCUCGCCGCACGCAGAAGGGCCGUGUGUGGGGCUCCUGAGCGCGGCGCCUCCGGGCGGGUCCCGCGCAGAGCCUGGAAGCGCGGCCCCUGCGCGCCUGGAGAAGCAACCCUGUGGAGAGCGCGACGGGCCCUUUCCGUCAUCGGAGACUUCGACGAGCAGCAGCACACCAGACGCGGUUGCCUACCACGGCCUCGACAUUUUCCCUUCGGAUCUCCAGUCGCGUCUCGCUUUGCAUGCACGACGCCCGGGCUUCCCGGCCUUCCGCGCCAACGGGAGUCUCUGCCACUCUGAGGCGGCCGAGCCGGAGGCGGUCCGCGGCUCGGUGAGUCGCGACGGAGUCUUUUCGUUCUUCUCGAGCGAGUGCGGCAGCGGCCCGGGCGGUGUCGGGGGCCCGGUCUUGCUGCGAGGAAAGGGUGCGCAGGGGCGCGGCAGAGAAAGUCAGGAGGAGCGGGAGGGCGACACGCGUCUUCACGACGAGGUCACUUCCCACUUGUCUCUUCACGGCUUGGAGGCCGCGCAAGCGAGCCUGCCGGCCCAGACGGUCACCCUUCUGGACGAGGCUCAGCGCCAUCAGAAACUCGCGUCGAUCUUCGAGCCGCUGGGCCACCUGCUGGGUGCGCACGAGAGCGCGGGUCAGCGAGGCGAGAGCGACUUGCUCUUCGCGCACCUCUUUCCGGAUUUUCCGGAAAAGCCCGACGUCUUGCACGAGACCCCUCAGAAAGUCUCCGGCCGGCCGGCGCUGAACUUCAAGACGUUUGCCCCACCGCGGCCGUUCUCAGACAGGGGCUUUCCGUAG